CUUUGUGCUGGUCCUGUCCAUGUAUCUGGUCAUGGUGCUCAGGAACCUGCUCAUCACCCUGGUCAUCAUCUCAGACUCCCACCUCCACACACCCAUGUACUUCUUCCUCUGCAACCUCUCCUUUGCUGAUGUGGGUUUCACCUCCACCACGGUUCCCAAGAUGAUUGUGGACAUCCACACUCACAGCACAGUCAUUUCCUACAUGGGCUGCCUGACACAGAUGUCUCUCUUUAUUAUCUUUGGGUGCAUGGAUUAUUUGCUUCUGACAGUGAUGGCUUAUGACUGGUUUGAUGCCAUCUGUCACCCCCUGCAUUUCCAGGUAAUCAUGAACCCCUGCCACUGUGGCUUCUUAGUUUCAGUGUCUUUUGUGUUCAGCCUUUUGGAUUCCCUGCUGCACAGUUUGAUGGUCUUGCAAGUUACCUGCUUCAAGGAUGUUGAAAUUUCUAAUUUCAUCUGUGACCCUUCUCAACUUCUCAGUCUUGCCUGCUCUGACUCCUUCACCAAUGACAUAGUCAGGUAUCUUUUUGGCAUCAUAUAUGGUUUUUUCCCGAUCUCAGGGAUCCUCUUCUCUUACUAUAAAAUUGUUUCUUCCAUUCUGAGAGUCCCAUCACCAGGUGGGAGGUAAAGAGCCUUCUCCACCUGUGGCUCUCACCUGUCAGUCAUUUGCUUAUUUUAUGGAACAGCCAUUGGGAUGUAUUUCAGUUCAGCUUUCUCAGUGUCUCCUGGAAAGGGUGCCUUGGCCUCAGUGGUAUACACUCUGGUCUCCCACAUGCUCAACUCUUUUAUCUACAGCCUGAGGAACAGGGACAUCAAGAGGGCCCUGUGGAGGCUCCUCAGAAAAACAGGCUCACCUCAGUCCUUGUGCCACGCGUCUGGACUCUUGGUGGGAACUGCAGCAAAAUGAAGCAUCUAGACCUACAAAUCUCACUUUUCUCCAUACUUGAUGUGUGAGGCUGGUGCUCUCCAGAUUUUGUGUCUGGUUAUUGUUUCUUUUGGUCUUUUUAAUGAGGCAUAUUUUAGAUUUUUAUACAUUUUUCAUACAUAACCAGAGGCUGGGAGGUAUCAAGCAAUAAAAUGGUUUUACAUAAAAAAUAAAAGAAGCUGGGUGUGGAUCAAUAAUUGUGACAAAGU